UGUGAUACUUCAUCAUUAUUCUCAUCUCUCUCUCUCACACAUCAAACAUAAAAAAAAUGAAACAUUCUCUCAUGUUGGUUUGCUUUUUUCUGGUUGCUUCAAUAGCCUGGUUUGCGGUUCAUCACUAAUCAUGUCCACCUCCUUUUAACCGUGAACCAAACAUUCACCUUCAAACGCAACUCACUGUCUCGCCGCAAUACCCUUAUAAACGAAACAUCAUUGAUGCUCACCACAACAUCAACACGAGCUUCACACAGCGCUACAACAACAACAAGGGCAACUCCGCAGCAUAGGAAAGUCGUCAACAAUACGGUUCUUCAAGAAUGGAAGAAGGAGUCCUGCAACACAUGGCUUUUAAAGAAAUAUUGGGCAUGGGUGGAAUUGGUAAAUAGUUGUGUAGCUUCGAAGGUCUUCACUCAGACGGAGUUACGGCAGUUGUUCAUCCAGACUGUACAGGAAACCUUCCCAACUUGCAUUGAGGAGGCGAUUGUUCAUCCAGACAGCAUGGCAACAACAGUGGGUGCACAAACCCUCUCCACUGUGAUGCUCCCGUGACAUCCGCUGCUGCCGCUUCUGUUGCCUCCGUCGUAUAAAUAUCCAUCUAUUGUAUGUGAUACUUCAUCAUUAGUCUCAUCUUUCUCUCACAUCAAACAUCAAAAAAUGAAAUACUCACUCGUGUUGGUUUGCUUUCUUAUUGCUUCAACCGCCUAGAUUGAGGCUGAUGGAAAAAACAGCUGCAGCAAUCCACCUCAGUGUACCACUCCACUCCCUCCCCUGUGGUUACUCCCACCAGUGUGAUUUCCGCCGACACGGCUACCACUCCUGUUGCUUUGGCUUCUGCCGUCGCCACCAAAAAUGAUAAGCCUUAGUAUUAUCAUUUUUGUUUUUUUAGUGUAAUAAUGACUUUGUAUGUCUGCUUGUGCUUGUUGGUUUUGUGUAAUAAUGUCUUGUAUGUUGUUGUGCUUGUUGUGUUUAAAUUAAGGUGAAUUCUUAUCUACCCAACUCAAAAAGUUGGGUAAGGUUACCUCCUGUGUAAAAUACCUUGAAAACAACAAUCAAUUGUAAUAUUUAAUAAA